CUCCACUCGGGCACUCUCCUCCGGCACCUCUGUUUCCCGUGGACGGCGAGAGCGGAGCAGCACUGCCGAGAAAAUUCACACAUCCAACCAACACAAACUCCCGGAGCCGCUAAAGGUAGAAAAAUAUCCUCCAAAAAGGCCACUCCAGCCUAAGCAGUCAUGUCGGCCAAAGCUAUCUCUGAGCAGACGGGAAAGGAGUUCCUCUACAAAUACAUCUGCACAUCGGCAGCCAUCCAGAACAGAUUCCGCUAUGCCAACGUGACGGCCGAGACAGACUUUGACCGACUGGUGCAGGAUCACCCAUGGCUUCUCACAGAGAGGCUGGUGGUGAAGCCAGACCAGUUGAUCAAGAGGCGAGGGAAGCUGGGCCUGGUCGGCGUCAACCUGGACCUGAACGGCGUCAGAGCGUGGCUGAAGACCCGUCUUAUGAAAGAGACGACAGUGGGAAAAGCCAAAGGCAUUCUCAAGAACUUCCUCAUCGAGCCGUUCGUCCCUCAUAAGCAGGAGGAGGAGUUCUACAUGUGCAUCUACGCCACCCGAGAGGGCGACUACGUUCUGUUUCACCAUGAGGGAGGGGUGGAUGUGGGAGAUGUGGAUGCCAAGGCGAAGAAACUGCUGAUUGGAGUGGAUGAAAAGAUCAGUGAAGACUCUGUGAACAAAGUGUUGCUGACCAACGUCCCCAACGACAAGAAAGCGGUCCUGGCCACCUUCAUUGUUGGGCUCUUCAACCUGUACGAGGACCUGUUCUUCACAUACCUGGAGAUCAAUCCACUGGUGGUCACAAAAAAUGGAGUGUACGUGCUGGACAUGGCAGCCAAGAUUGAUGCCACAGCAGACUACAUCUGCAAGGCCAAGUGGGGCGAUGUGGAGUUCCCUCCACCCUUCGGCAGGGAGGCUUAUCCUGAGGAGGCCUACAUUGCCGACCUUGAUGCCAAGAGUGGUGCCAGCCUUAAACUGACCCUGCUCAACCCCCGAGGCAGGAUCUGGACCAUGGUGGCAGGAGGAGGUGCCUCAGUGGUGUACAGUGACACAAUCUGCGACCUGGGUGGGGUCGACGAGCUGGCCAAUUAUGGAGAGUAUUCAGGAGCUCCAAGUGAACAGCAGACUUACGACUACGCCAAGACCAUCCUGUCUCUGAUGACCAGAGAGAAGCACCCAGAUGGAAAGGUUUUGAUCAUUGGGGGAAGCAUUGCAAACUUCACGAAUGUUGCAGCAACAUUUAAGGGGAUUGUUCGAGCCAUCAGAGACUAUCAGGUGCCGCUAAAGGAGCAUGAAGUCACCAUUUUUGUCCGUCGUGGAGGCCCCAACUACCAGGAAGGUCUCAGAGUGAUGGGAGAAGUUGGCAAGACCACAGGGAUCCCCAUCCACGUCUUUGGCACAGAAACUCACAUGACUGCCAUUGUUGGAAUGGCGCUAGGCCACCGGCCAAUCCCCAACCAGCCUCCUGUUGCUGCCCACACUGCCAACUUCCUCCUCAACUCCAGUGGCAGCACAUCGACCCCAGCAUCCAGCAGAACUGCCUCUUUCUCUGAAAACAAAGCCAGAGUUGAGAGCUCACCAGCCAAGAAGGCCAAAACUGGAGCUCCCAUUGCCAAAGCGACUACGCUCUUCAGCAAACUCUCCAAGUCCAUAGUGUGGGGUAUGCAGACUCGGGCAGUACAGGGCAUGCUGGACUUUGACUACGUCUGCUCCAGAGAUGAGCCAUCUGUCGCAGCCAUGGUCUACCCAUUCACUGGAGACCACAAGCAAAAGUUCUACUGGGGUCAUAAAGAGAUCCUCAUCCCUGUGUAUAAGAACAUGAGCGACGCCAUGAAGAAACACCCGGAUGUGGAUGUGCUCAUCAGCUUUGCGUCUUUGCGUUCGGCGUUUGAUAGCACUAUGGAGACCAUGCAGUACCCGCAGAUUCGCACCAUUGCCAUCAUCGCUGAGGGAAUCCCUGAAGCCCACACCAGGAAGAUCAUUAAGGCCGCAGAUGAGAAGGGCGUUACAAUCAUUGGACCGGCAACUGUUGGAGGAAUCAAGCCAGGCUGUUUCAAAAUCGGGAACACCGGAGGCAUGCUGGAUAACAUCCUUGCCUCCAAGCUCUACCGCCCAGGUAGUGUGGCCUACGUGUCCCGCUCAGGCGGCAUGUCCAAUGAACUCAACAACAUAAUCUCCCGCACCACCGAUGGUGUAUUUGAAGGUGUGGCCAUUGGUGGGGACAGAUACCCGGGUUCUGUGUUUACUGACCAUGUGCUGCGCUACCAAGACACUCCUGGAGUGAAGAUGAUUGUUGUACUGGGAGAGAUAGGAGGCACAGAGGAGUACAAGAUCUGCGAGGCUAUUAAACAAGGCAGGAUCACAAAGCCAGUGGUGUCCUGGUGUAUUGGCACCUGUGCCACCAUGUUCUCCUCAGAGGUUCAGUUCGGUCAUGCAGGAGCAUGUGCCAACCAGGCAUCUGAGACAGCAGUAGCCAAGAACAAGGCUCUAAAGGAGGCUGGUGCCUUCGUCCCCAAGAGCUUCGAUGAGCUGGGAGAAAUCAUAAAAUCUGUUUAUGAUGACCUUGUUGCCAAAGGAGUUAUCCAGCCAGCCGAAGAGAUGCCUCCUCCCACUGUGCCAAUGGAUUAUUCUUGGGCACGAGAGCUGGGUCUGAUCCGUAAGCCUGCAUCAUUCAUGACCAGUAUCUGUGACGAGAGGGGUCAGGAGCUCAUCUACGCUGGCAUGCCCAUCACUGAGGUCUUCAAGUCAGAAAUAGGCCUAGGAGGAACUCUGGGGCUUCUCUGGUUCCAGAGGAGGUUGCCGAGGUACGCCUGCCAGUUCAUUGAGAUGUGCCUGAUGGUGACUGCUGAUCACGGCCCUGCUGUUUCCGGUGCCCACAACACCAUUGUCUGUGCUCGAGCUGGCAAAGAUCUCAUCUCCAGCCUCACCUCCGGCCUUCUCACCAUUGGCGACCGCUUUGGAGGUGCUCUGGAUGCUGCAGCAAAGCAGUUCAGCAAGGCAUUUGACAGUGGCAUGCUGCCCAUGGAGUUUGUGAACAAGAUGAAGAAAGAUGGGAAGCUGAUCAUGGGCAUUGGACACAGAGUGAAGUCGAUUAACAAUCCAGACAUGAGAGUCCAGAUCUUGAAGGACUUUGUGAAGCAGCACUUCCCCUCUACCCAGCUGCUGGACUACGCUCUAGAUGUAGAGAAGAUCACUACGUCCAAAAAACCCAACUUGAUCCUGAAUGUGGAUGGCUUCAUUGGUGUGGCCUUUGUGGACUUGCUCAGGACCUGUGGUGGUUUUACACGGGAUGAAGCUGAUGAGUUUGUGGAAAUUGGAGCUCUAAAUGGCAUCUUUGUCCUGGGACGCAGCAUGGGAUUUAUUGGACACUACCUGGACCAGAAGAGGCUGAAGCAGGGUCUGUAUCGCCACCCCUGGGAUGACAUCUCCUAUGUGCUCCCAGAGCACAUGUCCAUGUAACUGGAGGGACAAAAACACAGAGUGUCAGACCUCUGUGCCCAGAUCCUCUCACCCCAGCUGUCAAUCCCCCGCCCAUACUGUGAUAUGUCACCCUGAAGCAGCGGCAUAAUAUAGUGCAGAUGUUACUAUUAAUAAAGCUGUAAAUUACAAACAUUUGAAAAGAAUAGAAUAUGUUUUUAGUUUUGGAAACCUGUUAGUGCUGCAGUUUUUUGUGAAUUUUAGAAAAACCUGCUAAACUGUGAAGCUCCAGGCAUACAAAGUCAUGUGUUAGAGAGAUUUGAAUACAAAUCACGAGGGAUUAAAGGUAGAGUAUUCAACUGUUGACUAUCACCACUUUUUGUGGCUAGUGAAAAACUUAUAUUUACCCUCAAAUAUUACAUAACUGUUGUAUUUAUCAAGCAUGUGUGUCUGUAUCACAGACUGUUGUGUCUCUGUGCAGCUCUCUUUAUUGUGCCACUUGAGAAUCAUGAGCCUGCUACCAGGGGGUGACUAUGUAGUGCAAUAAUGCCUAUAACAUUAGAACAUACUAUAGUUCAGAGCUUUAUUUAUGUAUAGGUGUAUUAAUGGUGAAUUUAACGGUACAGAAAUGUCUUAUAUUUUUGAUUUUCUCUGAUGUUAUCGACGCAGUGGCAAAAAAUGAAACAUCAGUCUGCUUACUGUGGCAAAUGGGACCAUUUCAAUGAGUCAUUCCUGGCAAGCGUCGUCCCGAGAAUAUAGUCUUUCUCAGCGGGUGGAAAAUGUAGGAGUAUUUUCUUAAAAGGUCUAAAUGGAAGUGUUGAGUAUUGUUUGUCAUGAGAACAAAAAAAGAAAUACAUAAUUUGAAUGUCUUCCCCUGUUUAUUCAAAUAGAUUAGGGCAUUGUUGUCACAAAGCCCAGGAUGUAGCCAUAAAAUCAUCUUGUAUGAGAAAUUGGCUCUGAAAAGAUUACAUUUUCACUGUUUUUCAGUGCCGUGAUCCCAUUACAAUAAACUGAAUUGCUGUUUCUGCCUCAGCACAGCAAAUAACUUUAGUAGUUAGAUGCCAUUUGAUAGUGAACUCUCUUAUUAAGUUCUCUUUCAAACUAAAACUGAUCAGUUUUCUCCACAAAAUGAGGUCAAAAGAAAACGAAUGGCAGCCAUCAUCAGUGUCUUCUGUGGAUGUUAGAAAACUAGAAAAAUUAUGUGGACAACAAGAAACCUCACCAGUGUUGUCGCGACGUUUAUGUUUUUAACUUUUUCAGUGUGAACUGAAUGUGCCUCUGUAUGGAUUUGUUGUGUGUUUACAACUGUCUAAUUGAAUAAAAUAAAAACUGAUUAAUGUCA